AUGAUCCAGAAAUGUGCAGCAGGAUUCACCCCGAGAAAAACUCCUGAGCUGUUCAAUAAGUUAGAGUGUAAAAAUCCCUUCCGUUUUACAGAGACUGCCGAAACGGACGAUUGGUGGCUUAACGCUAUCCAGCCCUACACUGAGGACAGUAGCCUGCCUCAGGCCACGGCCUCGGCUGUUCCCGAGCAGAUCGUCUUCCUGUCUGAGAACUGCACCAAGGUCACCGCCCAGACCGGCAGCACCUCUGUGCUCCACUGUGAGGUGGGCGGCGUCACCGAAUCUAUGGUAUCUUGGAUCCGCCGGACUGACUACCAACUCCUCACUGUGGGUCUAGCCACUUACAGCAGUGACGACCGCUUCUUUACUGCGCAUGUUCAUAACGACCAAGACUGGGCGUUGCACAUAAAAUUCGCCCAGAUGACGGACGAGGGACUGUACGAAUGCCAAGUCUCGACUCAUCCGCCCAUGAGCAUAUUUGUUACACUCAAACUUGUCGAGUCGAAGGCGGAGAUCGUAGGCGGCUCAGUGAAGAUGGUACAGACCGGCAGCAGUCUGCGGCUGAUCUGCCUGCUCCGGUACUCCAUGGAGCCUCCAGCCUAUAUCUUCUGGUACCACGACUCGCGCAUGAUCAACUACGACACAGCACGGGGAGUGGAGGUUGCUCACGAGCGAUUCUCCAGCGAGCUGGUCCUACCCAGGGCCCGUGGAGAUGACUCAGGAAACUACACGUGCGUCCCCAGUAACGCUCAGCCUGCCAGCAUCACCGUGCACGUCAUUAAGCGAGAGAAGCCGGCAGCGAUGCAGCACGAGAGAGCUUCCUCGAGUUGUACGUACCGAUGGUCCAGUGCUGUUAUGAUAUUGGGUUCUGUUCUCCUGGCUCUCACCAGCUGACAUCCUUAGUUGUUUCCCGCCAGCGUCUGAGCGAUACUCUACCCUACCAGUCGAGCUAACUGUGAUCUUGCGAUAGCAACCAAGACUGAUAACAUUUUAUUAUUGUCAACAUGUACAUAUCUACCUGAAAUCAGUUGAGAGUUUCAGUGUUUCUUCUAAAUGGUUGUUAUUUGUAAUUACAUGUUUUGUUUUUUGGCUAAUUGCUUUCCAUUUAGUUUCCUUUGACGGUUAGGUGUUAUUUGAUUCAUAUAUUACAAGAUGUGAAUUUUUCAUAUAUUACUUUCAAAAAUUUGUUUGUAAAAUAAGAAAAUUUACGACAAUUUCAAAAUGUAUACUUUGUCCGGAGAACGGUGGUUCCUGAAGGAGUAUAGAUCCACAAGCCUACAUACAUACUUGAACAUCUGGCCACUCCGUUCCCGAGUAUCUGAAUGCUCUGAGAUAACUAGACUGCUGUUUGUUUGUUAAUAUUUUGGAAUAAUUUUACUUAACUUACUAUCCUACCAAAUAAGUAAAUUAAAUGAGUCUAAAUAUGGGAUAAAUGUGUGUGGGGUGGAGUAAAUAUUUCAUUUUACUAUUCAUUUAAUGUCAGCUUUAGUAAUACAUAAAUAAAAAGUAUUUUGACUCAUAUUGUUCAUUUUUUAAAUACUAUACAGGUUGUUUGUCUCCGGAAAAUUUUGAAAAUUUUCUUCGUUCUUCAAGCAAACAAAAAUUCAUUAAAAAUAUGUGUCAUGAAUGCUUAGGUUACCGGCUGUCUGUCUUUAAGCGAUUUGUAUUGUUUACUUUUUUAUAUAAAAACCUAAUGUGUAUAUAAUCCCUAUUAGGUACAAUUAUUCUAGUCCCAAAUUAACUUAAUAAUUGUCGUACAUUAUCAUAUCGCUUUUAAAAGAUGGCGGAUUGUUGAAAUUUUUAAACCAAUCCCGUAAAAACUAAUCAGAUUAUGAAACAUUAAAGAAUAACAAAAGCUGCUGAAUAUAAUUACAUACGUACUGACACCCAGAGAACAAAAUUCUGGACAGUAAAUAAUAUUGAAAUAAGCCCUUAACUGUCGACUUAAGUACGACUGAUGCAGUGAACACGUCAACCUUGACAAUUUUGUCGUUAAUUCCUACAGUAAAAAGCUCAUAUGUACAAUAUUUUUUUGAUGAUUUUUAUGUUUUAUAUGUUGAAAUGUAAGAAUGAAAUUUAACAACUUUUAUUAAAAUAAAAAAAAUUAUUAGUUUUUUAUUUAUUAAGCUCUAAAAACGUUAAGGAUGGGUUUAUCCAUUUAACGAAGUAAAAUAGUAACCAUAAACAUUCAAUUAAAUCUAUUGAUGAAUUUAGUCUGAGCGAACGUCUGCAGUUGACGAACCAAACAUGAGAAGUAUAAAUAAUUCCAUUUUAAAUUUAACAUUCGAUUUUCAAUUUCACUUUAUUAUAACACUGACUUUCGUUUACAAAAAAUGUUCAAAAAUUAAGUUAACUGACCUUUUGAACUACUUUAUCUUUGAGGGAAUUAAAUAUAAUUUAGGUACAUUUGAUAUAUAAAUACUGUUUUAACUAUGUACCGUUGUUUCCUUGAAUCAUAUUAUUUCUUGUAUAGAAAAAGGUACUUUUUUUAA